AUGACAAAGGAUGAUAUUGAAAAGAUGACUCGGCUGAAAAAGCUUUUGGCUCAGGAGUUAGAAAUUAAAGAUUUAGAAAAAUUUCAAUAUUUCCUAAGAAUUGAGGUUGCCAGAUCAAAGAAGGAAAUCUUUAUUUCUCAGAGAAAAUACGUUCUGGAUCUUUUGGAAGAAACUGGUAUGUUAGGCUGCAAACCAGCGGAAACUCCCAUUGAGAGCAAUCACAAGCUACAAGUAGAGAUUGGUGAAUCAGUAGAUAUUGGCAGAUAUCAGAAGAAAGGUCUCCUAUUCUCUAAACACAGUCAUCUCUGUAUACACACAUUCAUAGAUGCAAAUUGGGCUAAAUCUCUUGAUGAUAGGAGGUUGACUAGUAGUUACUGCACACUUGUAGGAGGAAACCUUGUCACUUGGAGAAGCAAAAAGCAAAGUAUUGUUGCUCGAUCAAGUACUGAGAGAUUAUUAGAGGAAUUGAAACUGUUGGAGAGGGACAAACUCCUCUUAUGCUAUGACAACAAAGCUACCAUCAGUAUAUCUCACAAUUCGGUUCAACAUGACCGAACGAAGCAUAUAGAGAUUGAUUGA